UGCUGUUGCUUGCCCACACCACAGAGUGCUCCGUGGAACGCUGAGGAAAGUCGCGUCGGGCUAACAGCUACGCGUGCGUGGGGAGCCAACCAUUGACAAUGCAUGCAGCUGUGUGUCACAGUAGUGGGAGCGAAUGGAUCAACAACAAAUCAGUCAACGAGUGAGCAGUGGAUGAACAAGUCCCCAAGUCAAGUCAAGACAUAUCAAACACAUCCAACAAAGAACCGGUCCAGAUCAUAUCUAAAACCACAUCAUCAUCAUGAAACACGCUCCUCAGAUUCCAACGGUCGGGUCCGCCGGGGAUCCCUUUUGAUUACCCAGGGUCCUGUACCUAAAUUGCCCAGCAAACCCCUGACAGACAACCAUAGCCCAGCGCCACUGCGUCCGUGUCCUGCUCUGCUGCGAACGAUACAUCGGAAGCGUGUCCGCGUUAUGUGCUUAGCUGGCAUGACCCAUGUAAUAUGUGUUCGUUUGUUGCUUAGCUUGGCCGGUCGUUCACAUCCACAUGCACUGUUGUACAAAAUGAGGACAUCAAGCAAGUCUGUGAGUGGAGUCUCUAUAUCGACCUAUCAACCUAUCAAUCUACCAUGCAUGUAGCCCCAACUAUAAACAACGAAACAAAGCAAAAGCUGCAGUCCUCUCCCUGCGUAAUAUGGGGUAUCUAACUCAAGUCUCCAUCCAGCACCACACACACACUGACCUGUCGACCGAGACACGAAGAAGAAGGGUAAGAAAGGAAAAGCCUGCGCGCGCGUCCAAACAUCCUGAUGCUAUACUCGACGGGGU